UUAAAUGUGCAGGUUAAGAUUAUGAGAGCUGGAGAUGGCUUCCAGGGUGCAAUCAUUUGAAUACUGAAGGAUGUGGCGUUAGCGGCCAGGACCUCGCUGGGUUGCUCUGCGUAGCUCUCUGAAUGAACACAGGAAACUUUAACGCGAUGCCUGUUAAAGCAGAGCCUGGCGUUGCUGCAGUGCUCAAACUGGCUGGGUCGUCAUUGUCUUGAUACACUUUGAUCGACGGGGAUUUGUUCCUUAUCCUUUUCACCUGUCUCUUUCGCUCCCUCUCUCUGGCUCUCUCUUGCCUACAAUAGCAUAGUGGCGAGAUCCACACAUUGCAGAAUUCCGUUGAUUGGUUAGAGAGUCAAAGGGAAAAGCGGGAUCAAAGUUCACCGACAUGCUGCGGCAAUCAGGUGCGCUGUGAAAAGUUGGGGAAAAAAUGUCUGGCUGUGUUCUGCGGACGGAAGAAUGAAGCACCCGGGAACUUUUUUCAGAUCUGGAAGAGUCGUAGCUCUGUGAUUGUGUGCGUCCAUGUGAGGUUUGCGAAGGCUUGGUUGCGAGGCAAGACCAAUCAUUUGUCUUGAUUCUCUGGGCUGAGAGCAGGCAAACUGAGGGGGACGGGACGAGCAAACCCCUCUAUCAAGACCUGAUCUAUUUCCCCAAACAAUUUAGUGUAUUCAUGAGGUUACGUAAAUUUGGAGGCAGCAAAAUGACCGUAAUCAAUUGAAACAGCGAGCGUGCAUCCAUGGCUCUGAUUAUUUGGAGAUCAUCUAUCAGCCUGAUGUAUAUGUAACGAGGAAAGGGGGGCAUUGAAUUACUGUUGAGUUUCACUGAGAAGUCCAUGAUCAUUGGGCAAGGGAGUUUGGUCAGUGGUAAUAGGGCUUCUUGGUCGGCCGACGGAAGUAUUUCACCAAACAUUAGAUAGCUGACUCUGCCCUGCUGAAAGGUGCUGUUUUGAAACUAAACCCCACACUGUCCAGACGAUCGGGUGCACCGUGUUCUCCAUAAUCUCAUUGUUUUUCACCUGACAAAGGAAAAAAAAGAGGCGGACGAGCCACAGGUCCAAGAGGAUAAACUGAGCAUGGAAGUCAGGUACAAUCAAGAGACCGAAGGGAUGGGACUGAAGAAUGGACUAAAGAAGGGGAAAGAUGACAAGGACUCCCAGGGCAGCAUGUCCAAAAGCUUCCUCAAGGAGCAGCAGGACUCCUUUUCCCCCUCUGGGACAGUGGACAACUGCGAGAAGAACAGGGGGAGCACGGGGGACCCGGACUACUGUCGGAGAAUACUAGUCCGAGAUGCUAAAGGCUCCAUCCGAGAGAUUAUCCUGCCCAAGGGUUUGGAUUUGGACCGGCCCAAGCGAACCCGCACCUCCUUCACUGCAGAGCAGCUCUACCGGCUAGAGAUGGAGUUUCAGAGGUGCCAGUAUGUGGUUGGGAGGGAACGGACAGAACUGGCCCGUCAGCUCAACCUGUCUGAAACUCAGGUGAAGGUGUGGUUCCAGAACCGGCGCACUAAGCAGAAGAAGGACCAGGGGAAGGACUCGGAGCUGCGCUCGGUGGUGUCAGAAACAGCAGCGACCUGCAGCGUGCUCAGACUCCUGGAGCAGGGCCGGCUGCUGACGCCCCCGGGCCUGCUGCCCCACUGCGGCUCCGCCCUGCGCCCUCCCUCCGCGGCCAUGGCCAGCAACGGCAGCAGUAGCAGCAGCAAUGGGGGUGGCGGCGGCACGGCGGGGGGCAGCCCUCCUCUACCCGCCGUCACCAGCUCAGGGACAGUGGCGGGCCUGCAGAGCUCAGCGGCGGCUCACAGCCUCUUCAGCUUCCCCAUGCCCUCCUUACUGGGCGGUGUCGCCUCCCGCAUCCCCUCCAACCCCCUGUCCAUGGCCGGCUCGCUGGCCGGCAACCUGCAGGAACUCUCCGCCCGUUACCUGAGCUCCUCUGCUUUUGAGCCUUAUUCGCGGACCAAUGGCAAAGAAUUCAUGGACAAGAAAAUUCUGGAAUGAUGCUUUGAUUUUAUAUAGAUGGAUUCCUGUUUCCUCUCAACACAUCUUGGUUGUUUUCUUGGCUCUUAGUGUCUUUGUUUUUUUCUCAUUCUCUUUUAUCCGUCUGUGUCAUGUUCUGUAGCAAUUCAUGUAUUCCAGUUGCACAUCUGGCGCCUUGUACAAGGAAGAAAACAAAGACCUACAUAAGCUCAUCUAACAAAGACAGGGUGGCAGUGGAAAGAUUUUGCACAAAAUGUUCAUAUAGGACGUUGUUACAGAGAUCUAGAGAGACUACUGAGGAGAUUACUGAGGGAUCUUUCAGGUUUCCGUUUAACAAAUGUUUAGUCCUAUCUGUUAAUCCAAAAUAACAAUACACACAGGGGCCCAGAGAAUAUGUCUGCUUCAUACCACAAAAGCUUGAUCGCUGCAAGAGAAGUGGUACAUAGUGUAUAGCAGAAAGGACAGGAUUGGGGACAGAGAGUGUAAAGUGCUGGUACCUUUCUGAAUUGUGUUUUAUUAUUGAUUGUGUUGGGUAGAUGCAUGUCACUGAAGUGAGUAGAUGUAGAGAAAGACAGCGAGUUGUCAAACACCUGAGCAGCAGGUUGUGCGAUCCAAUCAGCAAAUCAAAUAAAAAAAAAAAAAGAAGUACAUUUUAAAUGCAGAAUUAUGAAUGAAUAAGAAAGGGCCAGUUUCUAAACAGAAAAAAAACACUGCAAGGUCAGUGUCAGCACGAAACCCAAUGCAUUUGACGUGUGAAUGCAAUUUGCUUUUGCAGACGCCUCGCAAAGAUUCAGCUUACAAAAAUAUGUUUUGUAUAUCCGUUUGUGUUUCGUUUGGACCAAACCAAAAACAGAUCCAGAGAAGGUGUUUGUCAUUCAGUACGAUGGUCCACUUGUUCAGUGUUGUUUUUCUCUAUGGUUUGGUGAGGACUUUUACUAUUUUACAACAAAAGUCUUCACUUUGUUGCAUUUCUGUCUUCAAGAUGCAGUACCUGACUUUUUUGUCUGUGCUUUUAAUACCACUGUGAGUUUUCAGAGUAUUGGUGUAUAGUUUCUACUCCAUGGAGGAUCUACGCACAGGAAUGAGUUCCCGAAAGGGGAGUUCUGAAGAAAGAGCCUUUCAGCUGCAGUAGGCUGCUUGCUUUGUUGAACACUACAAGGUAACAGGUGUUUCAAUCAUUAAGACAGUACAAUAACCUUUCCUUCCUGUGUGAAAAUUUCAAAAUCCACAGCCUUCAUAAAGGCCUUCAGGCAGACUGAUGCAUGUGGAGAAUGACUGGAAUUAUUGUAGUAUAAAAGUACGGGAAAUAAGAAUUGUACCUUAAAAUUGUUAUUUUAUUGUAAAUUAUUCACUUCUGUAUCUAAUAGAUUAUUAGUAUAUCUGGGGCAUAAGAAUGAAUGAAUGUAUUAGCAGGGUUGAGGAAUCAAUCAAAAGCUCUUUGGUGCUGUUGUUGUGAAAUACCUUGAAAUUUUGUGAAACGUGUGGUACAAAUGUGCAUAUAUAUUAUGUAUGGCUACUGACAAAGACACUUGUGUUUUUCAUUUUUCUUUCAUACAUGUUGCUGUGAAUCAAGUUAUGAUAAAUGUCAUGACUGUUAUACCUCAUACACCAUGUGUAUGCUCCUGAAAGUUUUUUUUCCACUAGUUUUGGUAAUGUGACUCAUGUUACUUAUGUUAUCACUGCUAAUCUUUGGCUAGGGUGGAACCAUAUGUUGAACCUCUGGUUAAAAGUCUGACUUGUAAUAUAAGCAGCAUCAUACAUUGGUAUGAGAGGUUUCAAACAUCAAUUACAGGAGUCCAAGCAGUAGGCUUGGGCAUCAGUUGGAUUUUAACAUUUCUGAUUCCCAAUUUUGAUUCUUCUUUUCGAUUCUGGUUCUUGUUGAUUCUCGAUUCCAAUUCUUUGAAGGGUGGAGUUGAACCGGGUCACAUGCUUAUUUCACAGAUAAGAGG